AUGACGGCUUGGAUCAGUGUAUGCAUAACCUACGAUGAAAUAUACACCACAAUAAAUCCCUAUUCUUUGGACGAUGAAUCUUUUCUGGAAUAUUUUAAAGUGUUCGUAAAAGCUACCGAGCUGCGUUUUCAAGAUCUAGAAAAUACCAGAGUCAUUCUGGCACUUAGGCGAAUUGAAAAACACACGGGAAACGAGAAACUACCUGUGAUUGAAACAACGUCAUCUGGUAAUUCAUAUGUUGACUCUGACGAGACGAUUCUUGCACUGACUAAGGUGAGAGCGGAAAGACCAAAUUAUUACCAAGAUUGUGAUAUUCUUCUCUUUAUAACGGGGAAUUCUGUAGACACCCACCUCAUAAAUCACGAUGGGACAUGGCACGGUCUGCCCCUGAAAGGCAGAUUUUGCGAACAUGAAAGCGUGGCGUUUAUUCACGACAACGGAAAAACCUUCAGUGGCGUCCAUAACUUCGCUCAGCAACUCGCUUUUUUGCUGGACGCCCCACUACAAACUUCUUCUGGAUAUUAUAAAUCUCUUAUGAGCCCCCCGGGUGUAGGCUUUCUAUAUGGCGUCCAUCUUAAAGGGAGAUUGGCCAUUAGAACGCUACUUGAAAAGAAAACAGAAGUGCCCGGAAGCAACUUCGGAUGUUGGAGAGAUGUACCUUAUUCCCUGUUAUAUCCACUGCCACACGACUAUUUAGGAACUAUGAGCUCCCCAUGCAGUUUGUACAAGUUAGGGAAAUGCAACGAUCCAAAGCAAGGACUUCGGAUAGACGGCCAGCAAGUACCGGCACCUCCGUGUAAACACACGUGCUGCAAAGAAGGAGGAUGUCAGAUUGUGGUAAAUUGGCCAGAUGGCAGGCCCUGUGGUGUGUCUUCAGUGUGCGUAAGCGGGUGGUGUGUUAACCUGGCAACUGGAAAUGUUAUGCAGCCGAAAUAA